GCUGCCACUACCUCUCAGUCGGUGAGAGAGAAGAAAAGAGAGGGAGAGAGAAAGAAGGCUUCGCUCAAUACCUUCUCCUCUUCUCUGAUCGGAUCUUGGAUAGAUUGUAUAUAAAAUCCGAUCGGAGGAUCUAAAUGUGGAAUCUUGCUCGCGCGGCAUGGAAUCUGAGGCAGACGCGGCGGCUGUCGGCAUCCAUCCCCGGCCCCUGUAUCGUCCACAAGCGCGGAACUGAUAUCCUCCACGAUCCGUGGUUCAAUAAGGAUACUGGUUUCCCUUUGACAGAAAGGGACCGGCUUGGACUCCGAGGCCUCCUACCACCUCGUGUUAUAUCAUUCGAGCAGCAAUAUGAACGUUUUAUGAAUUCAUAUCACUCAUUGGAGCAUAACACUCGAGGUUCACCUCCAUCUGCUGUAUCUUUAGCAAAGUGGAGGAUCCUGAACAGAUUGCAUGACCGAAAUGAAACAUUGUACUAUAGGGUCCUAAUUGAUAAUAUUAAAGAUUUUGCUCCAAUCAUAUACACUCCAACCGUGGGUUUAGUGUGUCAGAAUUAUGGAGGCUUGUUUAGACGUCCGCGUGGAAUGUAUUUCAGUGCGAAGGAUAAAGGAGAGAUGAUGUCUAUGAUCUAUAAUUGGCCAUCUCACCAGGUAGACAUGAUAGUGCUGACAGAUGGGAGCCGUAUUCUGGGCCUUGGUGACCUUGGUGUUCAGGGUAUAGGAAUACCAAUUGGAAAACUUGACAUGUAUGUAGCAGCUGCCGGCAUUAAUCCACAAAGAAUACUUCCUGUUAUGCUUGAUGUUGGAACCAACAAUCAAAAGCUUCUUGAAGAUGAUCUUUAUUUAGGACUACGACAACCUAGGCUUGAAGGAGAUGAAUAUUUAUCCAUUGUUGAUGAAUUCAUGGAAGCUGCAUUUGCACGUUGGCCAAAGGCAGUUGUGCAGUUUGAAGACUUCCAAAUGAAGUGGGCAUUUGAAACUCUGCAGCGAUAUCGUAAAAAAUUUUGCAUGUUUAAUGAUGACAUACAGGGAACAGCUGGUGUUGCACUAGCUGGAUUACUUGGAGCUGUAAGAGCACAAGGUCGACCUUUGAAGGACUUUGUAAAGCAGAAGAUUGUAGUAGUUGGAGCUGGAAGUGCAGGGAUAGGGGUGCUCAGCAUGUUAAAACAGGCUGCUGCAAGAAUGCUUGGAAGCAGUGAAAAUAUGGAGGCAAACAAUCAGUUCUGGCUGCUUGAUAAAGAUGGUCUUAUCACGAAAGAUAGAAAGGACAUUGAUCCUGCAGCUGCUCCGUUUGCUCGAGGCUUUGGUCCAGGAGAGGUUGAGGGCCUUCGAGAGGGGGCUACUCUCCUAGAAGUGGUUGAAAAAGUGAAGCCGCAAGUAAUUUUAGGAUUGUCUGGAGUUGGAGGUAUCUUUAAUGAGGAGGUGCUUAAGGCUAUGAGAGAAUCUGAUUCCUCACGCCCUGCAAUAUUUGCUAUGUCAAAUCCUACAAUGAAUGCUGAAUGCACUGCUGAGGAUGCAUUCAACUAUGCUGGAGAAAAUGUAAUAUUUGCUAGUGGAAGCCCUUUUGAAAAUGUUACUUUGGGAAAUGGGAAGAUAGGAUAUGCCAACCAAGCAAAUAACAUGUAUUUAUUUCCUGGAAUUGGUUUAGGAGCUCUUCUUUCAGGUGCUCGCCAUAUUUCAGAUGGCAUGCUUCAAGCUGCAGCUGAAUGUCUUGCAUCAUACAUCACGGAUGAAGAUAUCCAAAAAGGAAUCCUCUUCCCUUCUAUAUCUAGGAUAAGGCAUAUCACAACACAAGUUGGAGCUGCUGUUGUUCAUGCAGCUGUUGCUGAAGAUCUUGCUGAAGGACAUGGUGAUGUAGGUCUUAAAGAGCUGGCACACAUGUCAAAGGAGGAGAUAGCGAAGUUUGUAUCUCGCAACAUGUGGUACCCUAUCUAUAGCCCUCUUGUUCAAGAGAAAUGAAGCGGGCAUUUUUAUGAGAUUUGACAAUCCCUAUUCAAAUGAUUUUUUCUCUUUUUUGGUUUCUGCCUCUCAUUUUUCUUAGUAUACCUUGAAUAGGGCUUUGGGAGGCAAGUUCUGAAAGAUGCUAUGAUCUAAAUAAAUUUUGUUACUUGUUAUCUUAUAACAUGAUCUGGAGUUUGUCAAUUAUGUUACAUUAGACACAUCUUAUGGAACUCGUUCUGUUUAUGAGAAA